AUGUCCUCGAACUUUUUGAGACCUCCUGUGCGUCAGAGGCGAACUUCGUCUGUUGGAGCGAUCAACCUGGGUGAUACCACGGUUCCGGGGCUUUCAACAAUGAAAGAAAGCGAGCAUUCCAAAACAGCCGCUGAAGCUAGAAUGCGUGCACUCUCCGAGUCAUCAAAGGGCGACGUUGACUUACUAAAAAAGUUUGGACUGACGUACCGCGAAAUGAGCUAUCGACACACCUGGCUAACACCACUUCUCAUAUUGGCGGUUGUAUAUGGUUCUUACCUGUUGUCGGGGAACUUAACAGCCUCGAAUCCUCUUCAUUCCUUUGUGGCAGUUUCAUACCAAAUUGGUGACACCGACAUGUACGGAAAAGGAAUUCGUGAUUUGUGUUUUGUGCUAUUUUACAUGGUUUUCUUCACUUUUCUGCGUGAAUUUUUGAUGGAAAUCGCCUUGCGGCCUCUGGCAUCUUUCCUAGGCAUUGUUGGCGAGCACAAGAUGAAGCGCGUCAUGGAGCAGACCUACUCUAUUAUUUACUAUGGUAUAUCGGGACCGUUCGGCCUGUACAUCAUGUAUCACAGCGACCAAUGGUUUUUCGCUACUGCCCCCAUGUAUGCGACUUUCCCAGACAUUAAUAUUCAAUUUUUGUGGAAAGUGUUUUACCUGGGCCAAGCCGCUUUCUGGACUCAACAAGCAUGCGUUUUGGUUUUGCAACUAGAAAAACCGAGGAAAGACUUUAAGGAAUUAGUCUUUCAUCACGUCGUUACGCUAGCUCUGAUUUGGUUAUCAUACGUAUUCCAUUUCACCAAAAUGGGCCUUGCCAUCUACAUCACUAUGGAUGUCUCUGAUUUUUUUUUGUCAUUGUCCAAGACUUUAAAUUACAUGGACUCUUCACUAACAUCUCCGUUUUUCAUAUUGUUCGUGGCGAGUUGGACUUACCUGCGUCAUUAUGUCAAUUUAAAAAUAUUGUGGUCAGUCCUCACUGAAUUUCGCACUGUUGGUGAUUUUGUGUUGAACUAUGCGACUCAGCAGUAUAAGUGUUGGAUCUCACUUCCGAUUGUAUUUGUAUUAAUUUCCGCGCUACAGCUGGUUAACUUAUAUUGGCUUUUUCUUAUUUUGAGAAUAUUGUACCGCAUUUUAUUUAAAGGCAUUCAGAAAGACGACAGAAGUGAGACCGAAUCGGAGGACGAAGAGCCUAAGACAUUAAGAUCUGCUAGCAAUGGAGGUCAAGAUGUGAAUAUUAAUGACUCUAAGAACAAGAAGGAAAAUUGA